CUCGAGAAGAGACACGGCUAAUGAAGCUGCUUUUGACGACUGCUUGGUUGGCGGUCGCCGCCGCGUCCUUCUACGACGGGUGGAAGCUGCCCGACUACUGCAUGGACCCCAAGGGCAUGGCGGCCCGCCAAGCCAUUCCACCCAUCGAGACGAGCCGCAAGUUGGAGCUCGUCCAAGCGCAGGUCGUCGCCCGCCACGGCGCCCGCGCGCCGUACUACGCUGUCUUUUGCUGGGACACUGCGCCGAGCCCCGUGAGCGUCACGUGGAACUGCUCGACCAACCAAGUGUGGACGCAAAACCUGGACGAUGGCAGCGAGGCGCGCGGCUACGGGCGGCUGUACCGCAAGCAGUACAUCAACCACCGCAACGUCCUCAACGGCACGUGCAUGGUCGGCGGCCUCCUGCCCAUCGGCCGCGAGCAGCACCGGCAAAACGGCGCGUACGGUUUACUGCUCUAUGGCCGCCACAUUCAUCAUCGUCCUACGACAUAGCAUCCUCCGGGACGCCUACAUUGGGCACGGCCCGCGCAAGCUCUUUUCCUCCAACAAGAUUAGCGAACGCGCACGGCACGAACUUCUGCUGCGCAGUGACGAUCAAGAACGGACGCUCGGGUCGGGCCAAGCGCUCGUCGAUACACUCUUCCCGUACUCGCCCAAGGACGAGGCGAACAUGGAUGACAUGCUCACGUGGAUGACGGCGGACGCCAACUCGGACUACAUUGACCACCGACGGGACACGUCGUGCCCGAUGCUGGACCGUAUGGCCAAGGAGAUCAACAACUCGCCGGCCGUCGUCGCGCACCGGAACAGUCCGGCCGUGCUCGCACUCCAAGCGCGCUUUAACGCGAUCGUCGGUGUCAAGUUUCAAUGGGAUACGUGCCUCGAGUGCCUCAUGAUUGCGCGAUGCAACAACUUGCCGCUGCCCGACGGCACGACCGAAGAGCUCUUUCACGCACUCAUCAACGAGGUCCAGACGCGCACGCGCAUGAAGCUGUCGUACCAGAACGGCGCAUACGCCAAGCUCGACAUGCAGCACAUGUGGCGCGACAUCCUCAAGCGCGUCGACGCCGUCAUCCUCGACCCGUCGUCCGCGCUCAAGCUCAGCAUUACCAUGGGCCACGACUCGACGCUGAUGCCGAUGAUGGCGGUCGCCAUGGGCCCGACGUGGGACGGCCACUGGACGACGUACGCCGGCAUGCUCGUCAUCGAAGUCUACCGGGAUGCCGACAUGGACCGUCGUCACGGCGACGCGUACGCAGUUCGCCUCAUCUACAACGGCAAGCCGCUCCAGCUGCCCUUCUGCAACGACGAGCUCUGCCCGUGGUCGACCUUUAACGCGUCGCUGUCGUGGGCGCGCGCAACGCGGCAGUGCAAGCUCCCGACCAAAGCAUCGACCCGCCUCGACACCAACGUCUCGACGCAUCAGCCGUCGGCCGCGUGGUUCCUCUUGCCCGUCGGCGCGCUUCUCGCGGUCGUCGGGACCUUGGCCACGCGCCAGAGCCCGUACCGGCGCGAGACCGACCCGCUCCUCGGCUAACCAUCGUCGUACAGUGUUCAAGUUGCUUGAGAAACCCC